GUUGCUUGGCGGUCGCCUAGUAACCGGUCGCGGCAGUCCUGGCCGCUGCAGCGCAGGCCGCGCAAGUCUGUGUGCCGGAGCCCGCGCUGGGCUCUUUCGGUCUGUGGUGCGAUGGCGGCCGCCGCGGCAGUGGUCACGCCGUCGGGUUUAGAGGAUGCGGUGUCUCGGUCCCAUGGCGAAGGGGCUGGGGAGGCGGUCGUGGAGCGGGGACCCGGCGCGGCCUACCACAUGUUCGUGGUGAUGGAGGACCUGGUGGAGAAGCUGAAGUUGCUCCGCUAUGAGGAGGAACUCCUCCGGAAGAACAACCUGAAGCCCCCAUCCAGACACUAUUUUGCACUGCCUACCAACCCUGGUGAACAGUUCUACAUGUUUUGCACUCUUGCUGCUUGGUUGAUUAACAAAGCAGGACGCCACUUUGAGCAGCCUCAGGAAUAUGAUGACCCUAAUGCAACAAUAUCUAACAUAUUAUCUGAGCUUCGAUCAUUUGGGAGAUCUGCAGAUUUUCCUCCUUCAAAAUUAAAGUCUGGUUAUGGAGAACAUGUAUGCUAUGUUCUUGACUGUUUAGCUGAAGAAGCAUUAAAAUAUAUUGGUUUCACCUGGAAAAGACCAACAUACCCAGUGGAAGAAUUAGAAGAAGAAACUGUUCCAGAAGAUGAUGCAGAAUUAACAUUAAAUAAAAUGGAUGAAGAAUUUGUGGAAGAAGAGACAGAUAAUGAAGAAAACUUUAUUGAUCUCAAUGUUUUAAAAGCUCAGACCUAUCGCUUGGAUUUGAACGAGUCUGCCAAACAAGAAGAUAUUUUAGAAUCUACAACAGAUGCUGCAGAAUGGAGUCUAGAAGUGGAACGUGUACUACCACAACUGAAAGUCACGAUUAGGACUGACAAUAAGGAUUGGAGAAUCCAUGUUGACCAAAUGCACCAGCACAAAAGUGGAAUUGAGUCUGCUCUAAAGGAGACCAAGGGAUUUUUGGACAAACUCCAUAAUGAAAUUGGAAGGACUCUGGAGAAGAUCGGCAGCCGAGAAAAGUACAUCAAUAGUCAGCUUGAGCACUUGGUUCAAGAAUAUCGUGCAGCUCAAGCUCAGCUGAGUGAGGCAAGGGAGCGAUACCAGCAAGGAAAUGGCGGAGUGACUGAGAGGACCAGACUGCUGUCUGAGGUUACCGAAGAACUAGAAAAAGUAAAGCAAGAAAUGGAAGAAAAAGGUAGCAGUAUGACUGAUGGUGCUCCUUUGGUAAAGAUUAAACAGAGCUUAACAAAGCUGAAGCAGGAAACUGUUCAGAUGGACAUUAGAAUCGGUGUUGUGGAACACACAUUACUCCAAUCACAGCUGAAGGAGAAAUCGAACAUGACUAGGGACAUGCAUGCAACAAUCAUUCCAGAAUCUGCAAUGGGUUCUUAUUAAAACAUAUUAGUAUGGUG